UUCUCAUAAAUUCGGGAUCGAGACACGAAGCAAAAUACCUCAGCGGCAUCUCUCACUUCUUGGAAAAGCUCGCCUUCUCCUCCACAGCUCAGUUUGGCAGCAAAGACGAAAUUCUCCUCACCUUAGAAAAGCACGGGGGCAUUUGUGACUGCCAGGCGUCGAGGGACACUAUAAUGUACGCUGUUUCUGCGGAUGCCAAGGGCCUGGACACGGUGGUCAACUUGCUGGCUGACGUAGCGCUACAGCCCAAGCUAUCAGAUGAAGAAAUUGAGAUGACUCGAACAGCAAUACGAUUUGAGCUUGAAGACUUGAACAUGAGACCUGAUCCAGAGCCUCUCCUCACGGAAAUGAUCCAUGCGGCAGCCUAUGGAGACAACACAGUUGGGCUGAACAGGUUCUGCCCAGUGGAAAACACAGACAAAAUCAAUCGAGAAGUCCUGCACUCGUACCUGCGCAACUACUACACGCCCGACAGGAUGGUGCUGGCCGGGGUGGGAAUCGAGCACGAGCAGCUGGUGGAGUGUGCAAGGAAACACCUGCUUGGAGUGGAGCCCGUGUGGGGCACUGGGCAGGCCAAGGACGUGGACAGAUCGGUGGCUCAGUACACGGGAGGCAUUGUCAAGGUUGAAAAAGAUAUGUCAGAUGUGAGUCUGGGCCCUACUCCCAUCCCAGAGCUCACCCACAUCAUGAUUGGGUUAGAAAGCUGCUCAUUUUUAGAGGAAGACUUCAUUCCCUUUGCGGUGUUAAACAUGAUGAUGGGAGGUGGUGGCUCGUUUUCAGCCGGAGGGCCUGGCAAGGGCAUGUUCACGCGGCUGUACCUCAAUGUGCUCAACAGGCACCACUGGAUGUAUAAUGCAACCUCUUACCACCACAGUUACGAGGAUACCGGCCUCCUGUGUAUACAUGCCAGUGCAGAUCCCCGACAGGUUCGAGAGAUGGUGGAAAUCCUCACAAAAGAAUUCAUUCUAAUGGCAGGAGCAGUAGGAGAGGUAGAGCUUGAGCGAGCGAAGACGCAGCUGAAGUCCAUGCUCAUGAUGAACCUGGAGUCUCGGCCAGUUAUUUUUGAAGAUGUGGGAAGGCAAGUGUUGGCAACAAACACAAGGAAGCUACCUCAGGAGCUCUGCGCCCUGAUCAGUCAGGUGAAAUCUACAGAUAUCCGGAGAGUUGUCACGAAGAUGCUUCAUAAGAAACCAGCCGUGGCUGCACUGGGUGAUUUAACAGAUCUGCCCACUUACGAGCACAUCCAGUCAGCGCUUUCCAGUAAGGACGGGCGACUCCCCCGGACGUACCGGCGCAUAUUUCAUCCUGCACAGCUGACAGACUUGCUUCUUUUUUAA